GAUUUUCAUCCCCAAGAAGCACCGGCAGCGGUUUGACGAGGUGGUGUCGCAGAGCCUGAUCAGCAAGCUCUGCCGCUCCAAGAGCGAGCAGCACAGCAACCGGCUGCGGCGCAGCCGGAGCGAGGACCACCAGGAGCGGCUCCUCGUCUCCACCCGCGCCAGCUCCGUGCCCCGCAGCCACGAGGAGGUCAGCAAGAGCCUGCGGAAAACCACUUCGCUCAUCACCAGCAAUGUGGCCUCGGGGGCUGCCCGCAGAACUGUGCGAGUUUAUAAAGGCAACAGAAGUUUUGGCUUCACGCUACGCGGCCAUGCCCCGGUGUGGAUCGAGUCUGUUCUGCCAGGGAGCCCAGCUGAGAAGGCUGCUCUCAAAGCUGGUGACCGGAUCCUGUUCCUCAACGGUCUGGACAUGAGGAACUGCUCCCACGACAAGGUGGUGUCGAUGCUGCAGGGCAGCGGGGCGAUGCCCACCUUGGUGGUGGAAGAGGGGAUCGUCAACUUCUCCAAUGACUCUGACUCUGCCGACUCCCCGAGCACCUCCUCCGCCCUCACCUCCCUGCAGUGGGUCGCAGAGAUACUCCCCUCUAGCAUCAAGAUUCAAGGAAGGACCUUCACCCAGCAGCUGGAGCACCUGCUGACUCCACCUGAGCGCUAUACCAUCUGCAAAGCGCUGGAGGGCUUCUUCCAACAUCGGAAUAUUGACACUCUCAUUGUGGAUGUGUACCCGGUGCUGGACACACCGGCCAAGCAAGUCAUUUGGCAGUUUAUCUACCAGCUGCUGACGUAUGAAGAGCAGGAGCACUGCCAGCAAAAGAUUGCCAGGUUUCUUGGUUACAAGUCCUUGGCAGCUGAGCCAGACGCUGAGGACCGCUACCGCAGCUCCGUCCGAGGGGCCUCCUUGUGCCGGGGAAGCCUUCGAACCCCCCACCCCGAGGAAGGGGGGGCAGCAGGCCAGAGCGACACCGUGGAGGUCCCGGUUCGCCUGAUCCCUGGAGAGAGACAGGCUGGCGACGGCACGUCCCUCCCGGAGACACCCAACCCCAAAAUG